GUUAUAAAUUCAUCUUUGCUUGAGAUGGCAGAUCGAAGGAUGGUGUACCCAUACACUUUUAGUGCUAAGAUCGCACAAUUUCCUUUGAAAUGGCAUUUGAAUAAUCAGUGGGUUUGGCGUUAUUGGUUUAUUUCUAUUGCACUUUGUGCGCCCGUUUUCUAUUCCAUUAGUCGUUUGUCCAACUCUCCUGAAAACAAGGCAAAAUGGGCUGAAAUUCGCCGUAAGGAGAGAGAACCUCAUCAUUAAUUGUAUUUAUGUUUAUAAUAGGACAACAAUUAAACUAGUAACGAAGUGUGAUUGAAAAUUGUCUGUAGCAUGUUGAAAAAUAUGGAAAAUAAAUGAUGGUUGUACAUAUUUCCCAAGUAUUAAGAUAUUUUAUUAUUUUACAGUUACUUUUAAUUUUGCUGAUUUUUACAUGAAGGGUGCAUCUCGUUUGACUAAACUGAUUUUACCACGCUGCUCGUGUUUUCUUUCUUAAUGUUUCAUUCAACAAGGAGAAUCUUCCACUCGUGAUAAUAGUUUUAGUAAUUUGUCAUUGGGUAGUGACAAAAAAUUUUACUUUAGUCAAGUGUCUAAAUUUUAGCAUCUAUGAAAUGUAUUGUCUAGAGAUGCUGUUUGUAGGUUAGUGUGACAAAUGUGGGGACAGUAACACCAAUGCAGGAGUUAUUCCUUCAGCUUUUAUUUGUCAAACGGUAAAAAAUUUGUGACAAAUGGCGAGAAGUUUGUUCUCCAAAAAUUUUCUUCAGCUCCAAAAUCCGUAUCAAUCUUCAUCUAGGUUGAAUAAAAAUGAAUAAAAGUAAUAACUAACACGGUCAACAUCUGAGAACUAGAAAUUUUCAAUCCUGAGUAAUAGCAUAUUUGUUUCAGCAAAUGAACUACAGACUUGUAGAGUAUUGUUGACUACACCACAACCUCAACCCUUCUCCUGCAACUCGCUUAAAAAAGUUCUACAAAAUGUGCUGGUAAAGAAUAUUCAUCAUCAGAAGAUCAAGGACUCUCCUUAGCAUUUGCCCAAUGGACCAAUGGGAAGUUAGACAAAAACUUGAAAAUAUGGGGGGCAUUGUUCCACAAGCUGAAGUAUGAUAGUUAUUACUGGUGGAUUUAGUCUUGGUAUUAUAAAAUAUGAUUGGUAACUAAUGCGUUUAGAUAAUUAAAUACAGUUAAAUGCCUCCUACCAGACUGAUUUUCUUCUUUCAAUUUCUUGAUGACGACCCUUGCAUGUUGUUACAUUUGAAUGUAAUGUGAUAUUAUGUAUGUUAAUAUGUUCUAUACAUAAUAUAAAUGCAACAACUAUCUGGGUAAAUACUCCUUUCUCUCUCUAUUAAUUUUUUAUUGUACCACUUUUUUUCCUGUGGGUGAUAAUGUUGUUUUUUUCCCAUGAAUUUCAUUUUUUAUGGUUGUGUAGACUUUAGUUGUCUCAGAACUGUUAUGCUGCAACAAAGAUUUUACUUUGCAUUGAAACUUGUGUAUCGAUUUUCAUCAUUGUAUGCUAUCUGGGGCAUGUUGUAAAAUUACAUUCUAGUGGAUUUUUGUAGUAAUCUUUAGGUAUGGACACCUGAUGAGCGGCUCAGGGCAUCAAUUGUCACUGCAGUGCCUCUGACCGGCAGGUCUCAGGGUUUAAGUCCUGGCAGUGGAGA